ACUGGACUGCCUGGGGACCACCCGCCAAGCCCGCGCCAUUGCUGGAAGAGUUCCCGCCCUUCUCUGCGAGCGCCCUCAGCCGUCCUCAGUGUGGCCGCCAGAUAUGCCCUUGCAAGACUGUACACUUUCUAGAGACGAGACCACUGAGGCAGAGAUUAUGGCUGCUGUGGUUUUUUCAGUUGGACUUCUGAGCCCCGAAGUUACCCAGCCACAUGAAGAGCUACAGCUUCAAGCAGGAGAAGCAGAAUUAGUGAAGGAAUCAGUGACAUUUAAGGAUGUGGCUAUAGACUUCACGUUGGAGGAAUGGAGGUUGAUGGAUCCUACGCAGAGGAAGUUGCACAAGGAUGUGAUGCUAGAGAAUUACAGAAAUCUGGUCUCCCUGGGACUUGCAAUUUCUAAACCAGAUAUGAUAUAUCAUUUGGAGAAUGGAAAAGGACCCUGGACGGUAGUGAGAGAAAUUUCAAGAUCCCACCACCUGGACUUGAAGACCAAAUCUACAACCAAGAAUGCUGUGUUAACAGAGGGUGUUUUUGAAGAUUUAUCACAGGAGAUUAUAGUAGAGAAUCUCAGAGAGAACAGUCUAUGGGAUUCCCCAAUGGAAGGAUUGUGGAAGUGGAGUGGAAGAAUUUUGAGAUGGCAAAAUACUCAGGAGAGUCACUUGAGUCAAAGAAUCGUAACACACAAGAAGACUCCCUCCACUCAAAGAGGCUUCAGAUUUGGAUCUGCUCUUUUUCCAGAACCAGUAAUUAUUACAGAAGACUCUCAUGGAAAAUGCCAAAUAUGUGAAGAAAGCUUGACAGAGAAUUUAGAUUUGAUUGCAGACGCUCAUUUGGGAAAGACAGUUUGUAAGAAUACAAAAGGUAACAAAACGCUAAGACACAUUUCAGAACUUACUUCUGGAAAAACAUCGAGAGAUAAAGAAAAACCCUAUAAAUGUAGUACGUGUGAAAAGGCCUUUCGUUAUAGGUCAUUACUCAUUCAGCAUCAGAGAACUCACACUAAAGAAAAACCUUAUGAAUGUAAUGAAUGUGGGAAGACAUUCAGCCAGCCUUCUUAUCUUAGUCAGCAUAAAAAAAUUCACACAGGAGAAAAACCCUAUAAAUGUAACGAAUGUGGAAAAGCCUUCAUUGCUUCUUCAUCACUUAUGGUACAUCAGAGAAUUCAUACUAAGGAAAAGCCUUAUCAGUGCAAUGUCUGUGGAAAAUCCUUUAGUCAGUGUGCCCGCCUUAAUCAGCACCAGCGAGUUCAAACUGGAGAAAAACCCUAUGGAUGUAGUAAAUGUGGGAAAGCUUUUAGUGAUAAAUCAAAACUUGCAAGACAUCAGGAAACGCAUAAUGGUGAGAAGCCUUACAAAUGUAAUGAUUGUGGAAAAGCCUUUAGGAAUAAAUCAUAUCUUAGUGUACAUCAGAAGACUCAUACUGAAGAGAAACCAUACAAAUGCAACGAGUGUGGGAAAUCUUUCAAGAAUACCACAAUUUUUAAUGUUCAUCAGAGGAUUCAUACUGGAGAGAAACCCUUUAGAUGUAAGGAAUGUGGGAAAGCCUACAGAAGUAAUUCAAGCCUUAUUGUGCAUAUCAGAACUCAUACAGGAGAAAAACCCUAUGAAUGCAGUGAAUGUGGGAAAGCAUUCAACCGCAUAGCAAACUUCACUGAACAUCAGAGAAUUCAUACAGGAGAGAAACCCUAUAAAUGUAAUGAGUGUGGAAAAGCAUUUAUUAACUAUUCAUGCCUUACCGUACACCACAGAGUGCAUACAGGAGAGAAACCCUAUAAAUGUAAUGAAUGCGGAAAAGCCUUCAUGCGUUCUUCGUCUCUGAUCAUACAUCAGCGAAUUCACACUGAAGAGAAACCUUAUUUAUGUAAUGAAUGUGGGGAAUCCUUCAGAAUAAAAUCACACUUAACUGUACAUCAAAGGAUCCAUACUGGGGAGAAACCCUAUAAGUGUGCUGAUUGUGCAAAAGCAUUCACUAAAAUGGUAAAUCUCAAGGAGCAUCAGAAAAUUCAUACUGGAGUAAAACCCUAUACAUGUCACGACUGUGGGAAGUCCUUUAGGACUAAGUCAUACCUUAUUGUGCAUCAGAGGACACAUACUGGAGAAAAACCAUAUAAGUGUAAGGAAUGUGAGAAAGCUUUUACUAAUACAUCACAGCUCACUGUGCAUCAAAGAAGGCACACAGGAGAGAAACCCUACAAGUGUAAUGAGUGUGGGAAGGUUUUUACAAGUAACUCUGGCUUCAAUACCCACCAGCGAACACAUACUGGUGAGAAACCAUUCAAAUGUAAUGAGUGUGGGAAAGCAUUUAGCCAGAUGGUGCAUGUCACAGAACAUCAGAAAAUUCAUAGUGGAGAAAAACCCUAUAAAUGUGACAUCUGUGGGAAAGCCUUCAGGAGAGGUUCAUACCUCACUGUACACUGGAGAACACAUACUGGAGAAAAGCCUUAUACCUGUAAGGAAUGUGGAAAAGGUUGUAUUACCGUAUCACAGCUAACUCUACAUCAGAGAAUCCAUACUGGAGAAAGGCCCUAUAAAUGUGAAGAAUGUGGAAAAGCCUUCAGAACUAACUCAGACUUCACUGUACACCUGAGAAUGCAUACUGGAGAAAAACCCUAUAAAUGUAACGAAUGUGAAAAAGGCUUUAGGAGUAGCUCAAGCCUUACUGUACAUCAAAGAGUACAUCAGAGAGACACUCAGUUACUAUAGAGAGCAGCAAGUCAUUCACUCAAGUAUCAACUCUGUGAGAAGACUCCUCUAAGCUAAGUUUUAUAAGUUUAGGAAAGUCUUCACUAAAAAUGCACUGGAAAAUGUACAUGUAAGAGAUACUAUAAUAAAUGUGGAAAAUCAUUUAGUUAUAUUUCAAAAUUACAGGAUACUUCACACUAAAGAAAUAUCUACAGAUGAAAACUUUCACCUGGAUGUCAUACUCAUUCAACAUAUCUAAAAUUAAUUGCCCAUACAUAUAUUUGUCAGUUUUUGUUUGACUGCCUUUUCUUAUAUAGAGAGAGGUGUGCCAGGGCAUGGUGGCACCCUCCUGUAAUCUCAGCAUUCAAGAGGGUGAGGCAGGAUGAUUGUUGCAAAUUCAAGACCAGCCUGGGCUACAAAGUGAGCCCAAGGCCAACCUGAACUACAUCACAAGACCCUGUCUCUAAAUAAGUAAAUUUGGAGGUGCUUUUAUUUAUAUUUUUUGACAUCAAGCCUUUAUCGUGUAUAUGAUAAAUUUUUUUCUUAAUCUAGCCUAUAUAUUUUUAUAUAUUAGUCACAACAUUUAAAUUUUUAUACUAAAAUAUAUCUUGUUAGGUUCUUUACUUUUUUAAUUAAAAGACAUAUCUUUAAUCUCUGGGAUUAAAAUAUAUAUUUAUUUUGGAAGAUUUUGGUUAUUUUUUACUUUUAGGUUUUUAAUCCAUCUGGACUGAAUUGUUCUUCACAGAAAAGGUACUCUAAAUGACCAUUAACCUAUUCAAAUUUAAACCUAAAUUCUACUCAGGGAAAUGCAAAUUUAAACUACUAAUGAGAUCAAACUUUCAUUUCAUGUGGAUUGAAAGAAAUCAGUCUCUUCUUUCCUGGGGGGUUUGGUAACCAUGUGCUCUAAACUUAAAGAUUGUGUAACUAAUUUUCCCACAAGCAGUCCAGCAAUAUAUACUGUCUUAAAUGUUGUUUGAUCCAAAAUUCUCAUAAAAUAAAAAUGUCAUAAAAUAAAAGCAUCAUCAAUGCAAAAAAAUACAGAUAAAUAAGGAUUUUUUGUUGGAUUAUUCAUUUUGUAUGUAGGAAACUAAGUGUCAAUUAAUAGGGAAUUGUUUGAAUAAAUUAUGUUAUCCAGUAUUUUAGAAUAGCUUGAGAAUUUUUAAAAUGACUUAUACUAAUUGACUUAAAGAUUUGUCAAAAUAUUUGAUAAAAUUAUCACUUUAUAACAGAUGUAUAUAGAUAAAAAUUUCAUUUUUGUUAAAGUAAGUGUUAUGUGUAUUGUGUAUAUGUGUGUUUGUGUGAUUACAUGUACAUAAGGACAGGCAUAGAAGAAGGUGUACCAGGCUAUCAGUAUUGGUUGCCUUGAGGUGAACGAAAAAAGAAAACAUGAGAUUAGAGGAAAGAGACUUUAAAAAUAGAAAUAUGUAAAUGUAGCAUGUAUGGUAUAAAACUGUAUAUGUAAUAUGUAUUUAUGUGAACAUUUCAGAGAAUGAAUGUUCUUCAAGAAGUUAGUGAUGGUAGAUGAUUGGAUAUUGUUGAACUUUGCUGUUCUCUACAAUGUGCAUGUAAUAUUUACAUAAAAAGGAAAAAUCUU